UUGUUCAUUGUUCAACCAAUCAGCGUUCAGUAUUCGCAAAACUGCGUACGCACAACGUGUUGAUAAACUUUUCGUUUGCAUUUUCGUGAUUUUUGUGUGAAUUUUCCAAUUUUCUGCUCAAUUCCGGCUUCAGUGUUUGUCGGUUGUGACUUUUGAUCAAUUUGUGUUGCGAAAUAGUGAUUUCUUCCGAAGGCGUUCUUGCGGAUACAAGGAUGGAUCAAGAACCCGCCCAAACUUUCUGCUCGUGUGUGGCAACACCUUUAGACUACAUGAUACAAACAUAUUUCCAAGUUAGGAACAUAACUUCAGGCCCACAAUACGAAAUGUACAAACGCCGUUUCAACAAUAUAAUUUUUAACCACUUGUCUGAAAUCGUACAAAAUUUAACAAUUACAAUAUAUUUCCCUCGAUGUCAGGAAUUACUUCGUAACGACUUGGGAACAGUUCGCUACAUGUCCUGCAUAUGCCCCCACACUAUCACUAGCCACUUUUACCCAGUUUUUGUCCAGCAUUUUGACCCAAAACACGGCAUCAAGCACCGAUUAUUGGACUUCACAAAACGCGAUUCUGGGUUCAGUUCAAUUCUCAUCAACUUUGGUGUUAUUGAACGAAUUGUGGGAUUUUGUGGCGACUAUUGUUACCAUGAUCCCGGCAAUCCAACUCCCAGUAACCACUUGCAAAGUCUCAGAACUUUGGGCCAAAGAAAUGUGUUAAAUUUGCCCUAUUCUGACGAUUUUGUUCCAACUUUGUUCAGCUUUUUGAUUGAUUAUUUGCCAAUUGAUUUGAUUUCGGCUUUGGACAAGUUGGGUCAUGUGUGUGGUAAUAACAGUGGACAGUCACAACUAGUCCGGAAUUUGGUUUCCGAGUAUAUAAAGUGGAAGGAAGGGCAGGAACAUGUCUUGUUGAGUAGUUACACUAGUUUCGUUAUAAGCAACUUGGGGGCGCUUAAUGCCUACUUGGAACGCUUUAAAUGCUUGCCCUACAGUGUGGGGGCGCUGUUCACGUCAGUCUUGAACCGGUUUUUGCUCGUUUUCACCAAUGAGAUAUACCGUGAGGUCGACGCGAUUAAAAUGAGCGACAAUAGUGCAGUAAUGUACUAUUUCUACUUGACCAAGUUACGUGAUUUGUUCACAUGUUACGAGGACUCGGGUUAUGUGCCCACCAAAGCGAGCGCCUUCUUGGACUCAGAAAUAGAACACUUGGUUGAUAAUCUAGUUAUUGACAGUAAAGACCAAGCAAAAAUCGACGAGUUCCACAAAGAGUUUACAGAAAUUGUGGAUUCAUUCUACACAAGAGCCAAGAUAUAUAUCAAAAAUCUCCUCUCACAAUUCCCAAAUUUUGAUAAAUUUGCUUGGAUCGUUCUUCCAGUUGCUGAAUAUAGCCAAGUCCAUGAGACUUACCAUUUGUUGCACGAAUCUGAAACCACGUGCCACAACUGCCAACAAUUGUUGCUAGAAGUGAGAAAUAUUAAUAUAGUGCUCGCCAACUUGCCACUACUGGAAAUUGAAAGUGUGGUUGAAAAAUGGUUGUUGGUUUUAAAAGAAGGCGAUUUUCCCAUGAUUGCAGAAAUGUUGGAGUAUUUAUUCUCGCUCCCAGCGUCUUAUAAAGUGAUGGAGGAUCUAGUGGCUGUGAGUGGGAACGAGUGCAAAACAAGAGUAGUGAACAAAAACAUAGGAAACAUCGAAGUGGGGGCUAUUGGGGACGUUUUUGCCAAUGAUUGGGGUGUUAUAGAAGAUAUCAUCAAGAGUCACCAAAUUUCAGUGCUUGAGGAUUAGAUAA